AUGCAUACAUCACCGGUGGUAAGUCUAGCACUUUCCUAUGACCACACUCGAAUUUUCUCCGGUGACGAAAGUGGUGCUGUUUUCUGCUGCAACUUACUGCAGCAAAGCGAACUAGUCGCUUUUGAGGCAGCGUCGUCAAAGUACUAUACCGAAUGCUUCUGAUGUGGUGAAUAUUCGCCUCAUUUUUCGCGGUAGGUGUAGGAUGGUUUUUUGAUGUAAGGCGUUGAUGAUGAUGCAUAUUGAAAUUCUGUGUAGUGAAAUCACAAUCUUGCAGUGCAAUGUUGACAGUUAUCGAUCCCAACAUCCUCUCCUCUCCCCAGACGACGGCGCGUAGAAGAUGAAGAGCCCAAGACCGCAGAGCAGCUUGAAAACGAGCACUGGUCACUAGUCCUUUCCUCGCAGAAAAUAGAAGGCCUUGUUGCCAAGGAAAAGCUGCAGGCACAGAAAGCGAAGUUUUUCGAGACGCAGAGAAAACUUCAAUUCCCGAUGCGGGUGCCAUGGACUAGUAGUUUCGAUGACUACGUCCUGUGCACAAGGCAGUUCUUAGAGGAUGGGUUGACUUACGAUGUGAAGCCGGAUCUUUUUUAGACGAAUCAAUCAUGUAAAACUUACAUUUCAUGCGGGAAAAAGAAGUUGUCACUACCUCAUCUAAUUUCCCGAAGUGCAGGAAUUGCGGGAGCGGAUAGAAAACGUGAAAAACGACGCAGCCUACAAUAUAGCACAAAAAGAGCAAGAGAUGGAUGAAGCAGUAAGCCAGCUGCGAGAAGAAGCGGACAAAAACAUGGCCGCACAAGCGUCACAGUAUUGAUCUGGAGUUAGUCACAAGUUUUGUUUUCAUGGCUCUUGCCGCACUGAAAGAGCUCCAUGUCUGAUAGCUGGCCACGCACUCCGUCAAGCAAAAAGCACUGUCUAUUAUUCAUCGUCUGUACUCAGUGUUGUUAUCCCGUUCGUCAAUAUCUCACACCAGGUAUGCUCAGCUCUCGGAGAACAUGGAGAAGGCUCAGGCAUUACAUGCGGAGACGACGGCCAUGAAGCACCAGGAGAUGGAAAAUGGGCAGAGAGGUGCAGAACAGGACAUGCAAAAUAGGCUCACAAAGGAGUACGAGAAGCAAUCGAGGCUCGUAGCGGAGAUUCAAGCACUGAGUUAUGGGCGUCUUAGAAAGUUUAAGUUGGUUGUCGUCUCUGAAAUAGGUUUUGUUUUCUUGUUGGGCUCGGAGGAGGAUGCAGAGAAAUCUCUGUUUGUUGUCUUUGUUGUCUGUUGAGAGGAUGCAUAGAAAUCUCUGUUUGUUGUCUUUGUCGUCUUUAUCAACCUACUAGUUCUCCUGGUAAGUGUUGUACGAUAUGAAUUUAUUGCGAUUUACAUGUGCCUCACGUUAUCGUUAUAAAGUUCCCCUUCACUACAAAGCAACCACAAAGCAACAGCCACUUCCCCGUCUAAGACACAGAGAAGAACCGUAGUGACCUUAUGUCACUAGAGGAGUCGUAUGAGGCGCAGAUCGAGGCCCUGAAGAAGCACUCAGAAGCUGCGAUGAAGGAGCUGCGAAGUGAAUACGAUAAAGUCUGUGCGAUGCUGAAGACAGACGGCCUCAAAUUCGAAGAAGCGAUGCGACAACAAGAGGAGGAAUAUGAGGUGACAACUAGUACAAGUGAUUUUGUUUUCAUGCGACAACAAGAGGAGGAAUAUGAUGUGAGAAUGAUGCAUUAGAAGAGCGGGUUCUAGUACAAGUGAUUUGGUUUAUUUUUCAUUGGAAGUAGUGUUGAGUUAUCAUUAAUAAGUUCUAUCGAAGGUGAGACCUCUGGGGCUGACAGGACCACGACAGCGCCGGCGCUUAAUUAGUAGUAGAUAAGUUCUUGCCUGACCUUUCUUUUUUCUGUUUUUGUUUUUUCUAGUGAGAUAAAUAUGCUCCACCAACAUUGAUAAGUUCUAUGGUAAUUCUUGUCUAAUCGAAGUAGACGUUGUUUUAGCAUCACACCUAUUGGAAAAACCGAAAAUCGGAACAAACUUCUCAGGCUGAAAUCUCCGAUUUUCAAGACCAAAAGCGGAGUGCACUCCAGAACGAAUCAGAGCGGUACAAUGGAGCUCUCCGAGACAUGGUUAGCAUGAAGAACCAGAUAUCGUCGUUGCAGUCCCAAAUCGUACAGAACCAAGACGACCUCUCAAGGAGUGCAAAACAGCAAGACGAGUUGAAGAGGAAGUUGGAGGAGGUAUAGUAACUAUUUACUUAUGAAUGUUUGUUUGUCUAGUAUAAUUCGGGAUAUACUACAACUUGCUUCGAUUCUUUUUAGCAGGGAUAUAGGUGCUUGCCUAGUACCACUACGUUAAUCAGCAAGAAGAUGUGGAGCAAAUGAAUAUAUUUCCAAGUCCAAAUUUGACCACCAUAACCAGGUCCUCGACAUGUUCCGAAAAGCGCAGGAGCAGUUAAAAGACAGAGAAAAAGUCAUCCGCGUGAAGUUAAGGCUACAAGUAGUCUGGUGCUUUUUUACAACAGUACGUUAGGGUUAUCUGACGUCGAGAGUACAGCACACCUUUGCUUAUAGGAUCGAUUGAUUGUGCUGACACAAGUCUCCAAUUAUUCCUUAAGUUAAGUUGCAUUUCUCCACAGCACGACCUGCUCUAAUGACGGACGAAGCCUUGCAGAAAUUGAGGAGCAAUCAGAAGCAUCUCGAGUCUUUUCGAUAUGUGUUAUUUCACAAAGUGCAGACACUCGAGAAGGAGAGGGAUCCGCUGGAGCAGCAGGUCACGGAAUUGAAGGACUCUGUGCAAGGUAAGUAUGUAUAGGCCUUACUUAAAUUUUGUAGUGAGGGAUUUACAGGUGCAAGGCAAGAAUAGACUUGUUGGAUCCUGAUCGCACUAAAAACUUCAAUCCGAGACGCGAUAUAGAAAGAGAAAGAGAAGAUGAUAUGGCUGAGGUCAUCUUCGUGAAGAUUGGUGCAGUAGUUACUAAGAUUGUUGUUCUCGUCAGGAUUGUGAAGGGAGCACAACAUAACGAUGUGUGUCAUCGUUAGGACACCCGGUUCGGGUGACCCGGCAAACGAUCUAAAUCAAUUCACGACGUGAAUUGCGUAGAAAAUUUCACCGUCUACCAGGUAUGUACCAGGAGAUGGUCCAAGAUUUGAGGAAGAAGCAGGCACUCGAGACAAGAAAUGCCGAGAAGCAUUUCAAGAUCCAAAACUUAGUAGGAGAAUCGAACGUGCUGGCGAGGAAUCUAAAAGCGACAAAGAAGGAUUUCAAGAACUUCAUCACCGAAUUGACCGGCGCUCUGGAUAUCCACGCGCCUGCCGGAGGAGACGCCUCGCAGACAAACAAUAAGGACCCAACCAGACUAAUAUCACAGCUCAAAGACGUCGUCGGCCGCUACGAAGGAAAAGUCAACAUCUACAGGGGGACGCAGGUAGUUGGACUUUUUGUAGUAUAUUCAAUGUUCUUUAUGUUCAGGUUUAGUUUUACUAGCGCGCAUCUACAACCAUUGAGCCAUGCAAAAUCAAACUACCAGAUGUCCGUUGUUAUUGUUAUGCUUCGCAAUGCUCAUUCGUGUUUACCUACCGAAAUUCAAAACUAGGAACUCGCUGAAGAGGAGAAGCGCACGGGUUUGCCGGCAAUAACAGACGAAGCUAUCAGGCAAAGAGAUCACCUCAUGGAGAAGAGCCGGGCCAUGUCCGACGCCACUAAGUUCGAACAGCAACUGCGCGCCAGAGACACCGCUCGUUUCACCAACGACAAUUCUGAGCUCAUCCUCGAAAUGAACCGGCUGCGACUUGAGAAGACGCAGAAAGACCGGAAAAUCACAGAGUUAGAAAAGAGCAUGUACGCACUUAGCAGUGAAGGCGUGGGCGGAAGCGUCAUGAGUGGGGUAAUAUUAUGUGAUCGAUGUUGUUGCUGCUUGUAGAAGAUGCCAUUUAGUUUUAGGACUCAGCUGCUCUUUCAUGAAAUUCAAUUUGUUCGUUGGAGAGAAGUCUUUUCAUUUCUUGCAGAUUUCAGACCACAUGAAUGUAGCUAUGCAGAGUGAUUUUUUGAUCUUUCUUCCCAUCUCGUCACAGAUGCCGUCUUCUCUCCUCGACAACUCGUUACACAAUGGAAGCUCAAGGCGCGGCAAUGGGAGUAUGAUGGCUUCGACGCCAUAUGUGCAGCGACGAGAGAAGGACGAGGCGAAUAAACAACGAGUCCAGAAACGCAAAGAUGGGAACCAACUCCCACCAAAAAUUGUGACCAAAGCAGGCGGAUCUCAACUGACGGCUUCCAAAGAGCUCCACAACAGUUCACAAAUGCUCCACAGUUUCGAAAAAGAGGGGUUUCAAGUGGAUAAACUCCGGCAAAGCUUACCGUUUGAGUUAUGACAGUGAAAAUAUGCAUGUAACAAGUGAGUAGUCGUUCAACGAGGACACUGUAGUCGUGAGUUUCUAUUUCAUUCACGACGACCAUGCAUCAACAUCAUCAGAUAGAAAUAGAUUUACCAGAACAACACUGCAUCAUUGCAUAGAGACAGAUAAUUGCGGAAGGCAUAUUUCCACGGUCCUGAAUUGCAUUAUACCAAAACCAGGAGCUCUAAUCUUCGGAGUACACGAGAUGAGUCCAGCCUUCGACGGUGGCGCAGGUCAGGACGACAUUUAUACCGGGGGACCUAUUGCGCCGGCGAACAAAUUCCCUCCUGCGAGAAAAUAGAAUUCAUCAAAAUUUUAGUGUUGAUUCAGGUAUUCAGUUUAUAGGUACUAUACCUGCCAAGAGAGAUCGACAGUACUCUCUACUCGAAGCCCGGUGUUCUAUUCACGACAAUUGUUACGCAGAUAAGACAGAUAAGAUUAUAAGGUACAGAUCAUAAGACAAGAUGAUAUAGUUUUUAGCCUUUAGUACUUCCAAGCCUCUAGAGACAGAACUACGACGUUCUCGUUUCUGACAGCGAGGCAGGAGCUUUUCAGCUCCGGGAAAUUGAGACGAGGAAACCAAGAUGGAUUGGUUUUCGUCAAUUGCACAGCGUUUGCAAAGUAAGCGAAACAUAAUGAAAAUGUACCACACCAAGACGCAGAAUCGUAAAAGAUGUUUAUGUUGCGAUAGUACCUCGAUGCUAGAUCACUGUGAUAUUUUUCUUGUGAAGAAUCAUUCACAGUACAACCAAGAAUUUUCAAUACGAUGCUUGCAGGACUAACACUUCUUAUGACCAAGGAAAGCCGAUUUCCCAUGUGGGGAAUUGCCAUUUCCUAUGACGAUGUCUGUUUACGAGAUCGAGAAGUGACGGCGCUCGCGAUCUAUCAGAGCCGCGUGCACUUGCCAUAGAUGCUUGUUUCUGACUGAAAGAAUCACUGACUGAAAAAAUCAAUGCUAUUACCUCCCAAAACAUCAGAUAUUACUAAGAAGAUUUCUUUGAGAAUACAAUUUCAAUUUGCGCGAUCGAUCCUUACUAUCUUUCAAUCCAUGGUGCUCCGUGAAAAGACUGUUUUAUAUAUGCCUCCUUCGAAAAUUUUCGAUGUAGCUAGGAGAUGUUUCGCACGAAGACCGACCUGCUCUUCAUGGGGUCGUAACUAGUUAGAUCAGAGUGUAAUUCUUUUGUGUAUGCUUGCAGGUGCUAGAAUCACAGAAGACGAUGUUAUAGAGAGACUAUCGAAGAUGACUUUUGAAAAGAACGAAAGCUCAAUAUCGAACGUGUGUGGGCGACACUCGGC